CAGGCACACUCCCUAGCCCAAAUAAAUCCCAUAAUCUUUCAAGGUGAAGUAUUCUCCUUUUGCCCUCCCCUUAAGGCUGCCUGCCAGCAGUACUGGCUGCAUUACUGGAGCUGUGAUUGGAAGUCAAGGCAUGGCAGACACUCAGCAGAUCUAACCUUUUUCUUCCUCCACCACCCUGAGCCGGCUUUGUAUGUGGGACGUCUCCUUCCAAGCAGCAACUUCAAUUAACAAAACAGCAAAGAGACGACAGGAGGGACAUAUACACCUGAAAACAAACGCUACAGAUGGGGAGGAGCUGUCUUCUCAGAAUACUGGUCGUGUCAUAAGCAAGGCGUGCACUUCGGAGUUCCUGAGCAUGGAAGGUAAUUAAUCACUUCAGUUCAAGGAAGUGACACUAACCCUGAAGACCUGUCCUGAAGGUGUUUCAGAGGACUCCAGAGCAAACACCAUUUCAUGGGGGAAAAGUUCGCCAGGGGUCACCAUGCAUUGCUCAGCAAGGGAGAGGAGAAUGAAAUGGAGAUAUUUGGCUACAAAACCCAGGGCUGCCGGAAAGCCAUGUGCAUUGCUGGGUACAUUUUGUCCUGUGGGUUUCUCCGGCUUGUGUUUUACUGGAAACCAGCGUGGGAUGUGUGGGCAAACUGCAUCCCCUGCAACUUGCAAGAAGCAGACGUCACAUUGCUCAGAACAACAGAUGAAUUUCAGAUUUAUUCCCGGAAGAAGGUGACAUGGAUCUCUGUGUCUGCACUGAACAAGUUUAGAUCAGAUUAUCCAAUCAUUGCUGAUGAAAACUCCAUCAUAAACAAAGCCAUAAUGAAACCAGAUUUAAAAGUAAGAUGCAUCCAAGUGCAGAAAAUCCGGUAUAUUUGGAACAACCCUGAACAACAGUUCCAGAAAGUUGGGUCCCUAGAAGACAGUCACACUUGUUCAGAUAUACACGCCAAAUUUGGUUCUGGUUUGCGAUGUGAGGAACAGGAGAUCAGGAGGCUAAUAUGUGGGCCAAAUGCCAUUGAUAUUCAGGUUAUCCCUAUUUGGAAACUACUCAUCAAAGAGGUCUUAAAUCCAUUUUACGUGUUCCAACUCUUCAGCGUGUGUCUGUGGUUCGCUGAAGAUUAUAAGGAGUAUGCCAUUGCUAUCAUAAUCAUGUCCCUCCUUUCUAUCGCCUUAACCGUAUAUGACCUCAGAAAGCAAUCUAUGAAACUGCACAGGCUGGUGGAGUCUCAUAACAGUGUCAGGGUCACCGUGUGCAGGAAAGACAAAGGCUUCCAGGAGCUAGAGUCACGCCAUCUGGUGCCAGGAGACGUGCUGGCUUUGACAGGGGGCAAAGCCCUUAUGCCAUGUGAUGCCAUCCUGAUCAGCGGUGGGUGCAUUGUAAAUGAAGGCAUGCUGACCGGGGAAAGCAUUCCAGUAACAAAGACCCACUUGCCCCAGGCCGAUGACUCCAGGCCCUGGAGAAUGUGCUGCGCAGAGGAUUACAAAAGACAUGUCCUUUUCUGUGGAACAGAGCUCAUCCAGACCAAGGCGGACGGCAACGAGCCAGCGAGAGCUGUUGUGCUGAGGACCGGUUUCAACACAGCCAAAGGGGACCUGGUGAGGUCUAUUCUCUAUCCUAAGCCCAUGAAUUUCAAGCUGUACAGAGACGCCUUACGGUUCCUGAUGUGCCUCAUAGUGCUUGCGACCAUUGGAAUGAUCUAUGCAGUGUGUGUUUUUGCACUAAACGGGGAAGAGGCAGGAGAAGUGGUGAAAAAGGCACUGGAUGUCAUCACUAUUGCAGUCCCUCCAGCUCUCCCUGCGGCUUUGACGACAGGGAUCAUUUAUACGCAGGGCAGGCUGAAGAAAAAGGGAAUCUUCUGCAUCAGUCCUCAGAGGAUCAAUGUGUGUGGUCAGCUCAACCUCAUCUGCUUUGACAAAACUGGCACCUUAACAGAAGAUGGACUAGACCUAUGGGGGGUGAUCGCUUCUGAAGGAAACAGCUUUCAGAAAGUCCACAGCUUCGCCUCUGGUCACAGCUUGCCCUGGGGACCAACGUGCGGCACCAUGGUGAGCUGUCAUUCACUGAUUGUUCUGGAUGGGAAGAUACAAGGAGAUCCACUGGACCUGAAAAUGUUUGAGGCAACCAAUUGGGAGAUCGAGGAUUCCAGUGAAGAUCAUGUUAAGAAUGGCGAAUUCGCACACGCUGUUGUUAUUAAACCUGGACCCAAAGCCGGCAAUGUUCCAGUGGAAGGAAUUGCCAUCUUACACCAGUUUCCAUUUUCCUCAGCCCUGCAGAGGAUGUCGGUCAUAGCUCAGGAGAUCGGAGGGGAGCAGCAGGUCUUCAUGAAGGGUGCUCCAGAGACAGUGGCCAAGUUUUGUAGACCAGAAACCAUGCCACCCGGUUUUGCCAGUGAGCUUCAGCUCUAUGCAGCACGGGGCUUCAGGGUCAUCGGACUGGCGCACAAAAUUCUGCAGGGAGGGAGGCAGGCAGCUGGCUUAACAAGGGAGGAGGUGGAGUCUGACCUCACGUUCCUUGGCCUUCUGAUAAUGGAAAAUCGUCUGAAGGCAGAGACCAAGCCUGUGCUGGAAGAACUCAGCGCUGCCCGCAUCAGGAGCGUUAUGGUCACAGGUGACAACAUACAGACAGCGGUUACUGUGGCCAAAAAUGCUGGCAUGAUUUCUCAGACCAGUCAAGUGAUUCUCAUUGAAGCAAACGAACUAUCAGGUUCCCCCUCAGCAUCCAUCACCUGGAAGCUACUGGAAGAAAGCAAACCGAAUGGCUACAGAAACCUGGAGACUUACAUUCAAGUUGGGGGAAGAUUCCGCUCUGAAGUUGGACGUAGCAGUUACCAUUUUGCCAUGAGUGGAAAAUCCUACCAGGUCAUUACACAGCAUUUCAGCUAUUUACUUCCGAAGCUCCUGAUCAAUGGGACAGUUUUUGCUAGAAUGUCUCCAGGUCAGAAAUCCAGCCUGGUGGAGGAGUUUCAAAAGUUGGAUUACUUUGUGGGUAUGUGCGGAGACGGAGCCAAUGACUGUGGGGCUUUGAAAAUGGCCCAUGCUGGGAUAUCGUUGUCUGAGCAGGAGGCGUCGGUGGCUUCGCCUUUCACGUCCCGAACCCCCAGCAUAGAGUGUGUGCCCGAGCUGAUCAGGCAAGGUCGCGCUGCUCUUGUCACUUCAUUCUGCAUGUUUAAGUACAUGGCACUGUACAGCACCAUCCAGUAUCUUGGUGUUCUCCUGCUUUACUGGCAACUAAACUCCUUUGGGAAUUACCAAUUUCUGUUCCAAGAUCUGGCUCUUACCACUGUAAUUGGUAUAACAAUGAGUUUGAACGGUGCCUACCCAAAGCUGGUCCCAUACAGGCCUCCGGGCCAGCUGAUCUCCCCUCCCUUGCUGCUGUCCGUGGUCCUGAACAUCCUGUUCAGUCUGUGCAUGCAGGUUUUUGGCUUUGUGACCGUCCAGAAGCAGCCCUGGUAUGCUCAGCACAACAUCUACAGUGCCUGCCUCAGCGGGAAUAAAAGCCAUGUGGAGAAUUCUUCCUCCGCUACCACCAUCGGCUUCACUGGGAUGGAGCAUGCAGAUGGCAGAGAGGGGGUGGACAAUGGCUACAAGAGCUAUGAAAACACCACAGUUUGGCUCCUCAGCACCAUCAACUGCCUCAUGGUAGCGCUGGUGUUCUCCAAGGGAAAGCCUUUCCGGCAGCCCGUAUACACUAACUACAUAUUUGUACUUGUGCUAGCAGUACAGCUGGGCAUCUGUGUCUUCUUUGUGUUUGCCGACAUCGACGGUCUCUACUCGCAGAUGGAUCUCGUGUGCACCCCGACCUUCUGGAGAAUCUCCAUGGUGAUAAUGCUGCUGGUCACAUUUGCUGUGUCCUUUGUUGUAGAGGAGGCGGUCAUUGAAAACAGGGCCCUCUGGAUGCUGCUCAAAAAGUGCUUCCAGUACCAGUCCAAGAGCCUUCACAAGAGGCUGCAAAGGAUGCUGGAGCAGGACUCAGCCUGGCCUCCUCUGAACGAAACCGUCUUCUCAGAGUCCAGGAUGAUACCAGUGGAGGACAACAGGGUAGCUUACAGGAAUCCAGUGUUUGAAAGCAAUGAGGAUAUGGUCUGAAGGAAGUGGCAGGGCAGAUGCCCAGGAAAAGGCUGCAGCUGGCCAUGAAAGGAGUAGGCCUGAAAGACGUAAGGCUAGAGCUGGGAUUGGCCGAAUCCCGACACCUGGCUGAACUUCUGGGCCCACAUUCCCCAUGCCGGGGUCGCUUUGUGACACACCAGAAGCAUAACGUGGCCCUAAAUCCAGCUCUGGUGGCACAGAGCCAGUACAGCGGUUUCCCCCACAGGCAGCCCAGGUUGUGUGGCACUGCCCCAGCGAGCUGUGGCCGCUGGCACCGGGGUAAGUCAGAGGAGUCCUCAGCCACGGCGCAGGCCAGGGCCUUAUCUUGGUAAUGAGCAGAGCCAACGCUCCUGCCCGCAGUGCCCUCAGAGAGCAUGCAGAACUCGGCUCUUUGUUGAGGCUGGACACAGACAGACCCUCUGGUUCCCUAGCUCCCAGCUUCUGCUGCCUCCUGCUGCCACACAAGACCUCCCCGAGUCCUGGCCUGGUCUGAGCUGUCAUGGAAGCUUGGGGGUUGGAAAUCUGGACCCCAGCAGUUCAGGGUGUUUGGAUUCAGCCCAUCACGGUGGUAGACUGGAGCGGUAAGCUCAGAUCCCAAACCGGGGACCCGAUCACCCACCCAGGCUGAGAUGCACGCAGGGUAGGAACAGAGUUGGAGGGACCAAAGGAAGCUUUUCUGGCCCUGGCUCACCCCUGCAGUAUGUUAGAGCAGCCUCACAGCUGCUCCGAUUUUUGCCUGAGCUGCACAUGGCCCACUCGGGGGCUUAGACAGCCAGCAGAGCCCGAGCCCCCUCCAAGAAUCACCCAGCCACGGCUGCAACAGGGACAGUGCAGAGCCGUACUACCAGCUUUCUGCUGCCAGGGAGCCUGCUCACACGGAGAAUCUUUAACAUCUUUGAGGACUUCCGCAACUCAGCCAGGGUCAGGGGCCUAUCACAGGCGUGGGGAGGGGGGUGAGGUUCUGUGGCCUGCAACGUGCAGGAGGCAGCCUAGAGGAUCCUAUGAAAUCCUGACGUUCCCUUCUGGCCUUGACAUCUACAGUGCAAUUAAAAACCCACAUGGAUGUAGUUUGGAGGAGGCGGGGGGAGGCAUUGCCCCCCCAAACAGAAGCGAGGUGUGGGGGGGUUACAUGGGGUCAUGUACCACUCCCCCCCCAUUUCUACGAGUGCCAACCUGCCCUGCAGGGCUUGCUUUGCUCGGCCUGCCGGGGGUGGGAGGGGGUGAGAAGAGGGGCUCUGUCCUUCCCACGCUGCACCUCCCCCACAGCACAUUUCGGCUUGUGGGGAGCAGAGGGGGUGGAGCGGUCCUAGUGCCCCCCUGUUUCCUGUAUAAUGGUGA